CGCGCUUUUCCUCGCUAAAGGCAUGUUUUCGGUGAGGUGUAUCCUUAUCAGUGCUCUCCUAACAGGAACCGUUAAAGGCUAUGGCAGCAAAAUAUUCAACGUGAGUUUAAACGGGGACGCAUCGAUUAAUUUGCAUUGGUCGAUAAAUUAUGUCGCCGAAACGGUGCGAUUCGAGGUUCACCUGCCGUCGAAUUUCGGCUGGUUCGGCGUCGGAUUUUCCGAUCGCGGGGACGCCUUCCCCGCCGACUAUUGCCUCCUCUGGAAGGACCUCAAAGGGAAAAUCCACAUGCAGGACACCCACGCUUCGGAUAUCGGAAUCUUGCGAUUGGACAACCAGCAGGAUUGCGACGAUUUCAAAAUCCAUGAUAAAACAAGCACGACGAAGUUCACCUUCACCCGCAAAUUCGACACUUGCGAUAGAAACGAUUACAUAAUCGAGGGCGGCACCACGCACAUCGUCUGGUUUAAAGGCGAGAAAAAUCUGUACAAAGCGAACGGCAUCAAUGUCACCAGCUCGAACAAAAGAGACCACGGCAUGGUUAGAGUGGAGUUGUUAAAAAACACCGCUGUUAAUCAGGAAUUGCCCGACCACGUGAGAACCUUGGAUAUAUUCGCUAACGAUACCAAAGUUCCAUCGAUCGAAACGACCUACUGGUGCACGGUGGUUAAAUUACCCGAAGAAUUCAAACAGAAGCACCAUAUUUACAAGUAUGAAGCUGUUAUUCCCAGCACCAGCCAAGGAGUAGUCCAUCACAUGGAAGUGUUCCAUUGCUUGGCUCCUGCCGAAAAGGAGAUUCCCCUUUACACUGGGAAUUGUUUCGCGGCGGAAAGACCGCCCGAAACGCAGGUUUGCAAACGGGUUUUGGCCGCUUGGGCGAUGGGCGCCCAGCCAUUCAUUUAUCCAGACGAAGCUAGCCUCCCGUUCGGCGGAGAAGACUUCAACUCUUUCAUCAUGCUGGAAGUCCACUAUAACAAUCCCGAAAUACGAUCCGGUAUAAUCGAUAGCUCGGGAAUCAGGCUAUACGUGUCGAAAGUGCUGAAACAAAUGGACGCGGGAAUCAUCGAAUUAGGUCUGGAAUAUUCCGACAAAAUGGCCAUACCGCCUCGUCAAAGUAGAUUCUCUUUAAGCGGCUACUGCACGCCCGCUUGCACUUCGAUGGGUUUGCCCACAGACGGUAUAACGGUAUUCGGGUCGCAAUUACACACCCAUUUAACCGGCACCAAAGUAAUUACCAGGCACUUCGACGCCCACGGAAGGGAAUUGCCCAAUCUGAACGUGGAUAAACAUUACAGCACCCAUUUCCAGGAGAUUCGCCGGCUGAAAAGGGCCGUGAAAAUCCUACCGGGUGAAUCCCUCAUAACUACGUGCGAUUAUAACACCGAAAAUAGAGAAAACGUAACCCUGGGUGGAUUCAGCAUAUCGGACGAGAUGUGCGUGAAUUACAUACAUUAUUACCCGAGCAGCGAAUUGGAGGUGUGCAAGAGCUCGAUCAGCGAUCAGGCGUUGAAGACCUUCUUCAGAUACAUGAACGAGUGGGAAGGACAGCCGACGUCGCCGAUGAGCGGCGUCUCGGAUAAUUACGGAGCGAUCGAAUGGAAUAGAAUGAGAGUGCAGUUGUUGGACGAGGUGUACGGCGAGGCGCCGUUGAGCAUGCAGUGCAACAUGUCGAGCGGCGACAGGUUUCCUGGGUAUUGGGAAAACGCCGAGAUUCCUGCCGUCGCGACGCCCCUGCCUCCGGCUGCCAGGAAAUGCACCACUAUUAUCAAAUAAUUCAGUAUUUAAUCAGAAGUUGAUGUGUAAUAA